GGUCGAGAUCAAAACCAAGCAUGUAUACGGACAAUGAUCCGUGUAGUCUACAGGAAGCUUACGGUUCCCAGAAGAUAAGGAUUGAAGGAGCCCGAAAACGGUAGCUAGGCAACAAAUGCUGGCUAGCGAUGAAGAACAGAACGAAACCGCUAAUCCCAAUCCACAUAUAGCUAGCGGUUGAUUCAUGACGCAAACGAUGACUGCAGCGUGGAAUAAGCAAGCCAUCUAUCUCUGCGGAUAUAACAAAUUAAAGGAACUGUUCGUUGGGCACAAUCAUGAUUAUAUUAGAUAUCCCUUGCAAGGAAACCCCACACCC